GCCCCGCUGCCGGUUCGGCCGGGGGCAGCUGGAACCGGUUUGGGGCGACGCCGCGUACUCCUUCGAGCUGAGCAGCCGGCGGGGAGCUACACUGCUGCCGCUGCCUUCGCCUUCGUCUUCCCUGUCUCCAUCCUCCCCCCACACACGGGCCGCGAGCGACGCAGGUAACAUCAGCUAUCCUUAGCCAAUACCUGCAAGCAUGACUCCUUCCCAAGUUACCUUUGAAGUAAGAGGAACAUUAAUGCCAGGAGAAGUUAUAGCAGUAUGUGGGAGCUGCAACUCUUUGGGCAACUGGAAUCCUCAGCUUGCAGUAAUUCUUCAUCCAGAUGUUUAUGCUGACGGGUGCAUAUUAUGGAAAGCUACAGUAGAACUUACUAGAGGAGAUGCUAUUCAGUAUCGAUAUUUUAAAGGGUGCUUCUUAGAGCCCAAGACUAUCGAUGGUCCCUGCCAAGUCAUAGUUCACAAGUGGGAGACUCAUCUACAACCACGAUCAAUAACCCCUUUAGAAAAUGAGCUCAUUAUUGAUGAUGGAGAGUUUGGGAUUCAUAAUGGGGUUGAAACUCUGGAUUCUGGAUGGCUCACAUGUCAGACUGAAAUAAGAUUACGUCUACAUUAUUCUGAAAAACCACCUGUCUCAAUAUCAAAGAAAAAAUUUAAAAAAUCAAGGUUUAGAGUGAAGCUGACUUUAGAAGGUUUGGAGGAGGAGGAAGAGGAUGAUGACCAAGAUAAAACAUCUCCUACUGUUUCCCAGAAAAUGGCAAACACCCUGGACAUUGCAUUAAUAACUGAUACAGAAUGCAAAAGUCGGCACUCUCAGCCAGACUGUGGGUAUGCUUUGCAGCCUGAUCGAUGGACAGAAUACAGUAUACAAACCAUGGAUCCAGAUAACUUGGAAUUAAUCUUUGACUUCUUUGAGGAAGAUUUAAGUGAAGCGGUAGUACAAGGAGAUGCACUGCCAGGCCAUGUGGGCUCUGCUUGCCUCUUAUCUUCCACGAUUGCAGAACAAGGAAAGAGCUGUGGAAUUCUCACACUUCCUAUUAUGAGCCGAAUUUCAAGAAAAACUAUUGGAAAAGUUAGAGUGGACUACAUCAUUAUUAAGCCAAUAGUAGGAUACAGUUGUAAUAUGAAAGCCUCAUAUGCUAAGUACUGGAAGCCAAGAACAACUCUUGAUGUUGGACACAGGGGUGCAGGAAAUUCUACAACAACUACCAAGCUCGCUAAAGUUCAGGAAAACACUGUUGCUUCUCUAAGGAAUGCUGCUAGCCAUGGAGCAGCAUUUGUGGAAUUUGAUGUACACCUUUCGAAGGAUCACGUGCCUGUUGUAUAUCAUGAUCUCACUUGUUGUUUGGCAAUGAAAAAGAAACUGGAAGCUGAGCCAUCAGAAUUGUUUGAGAUUGCAGUAAAAGAACUCACGUUUGAUCAGCUGCAGUUAUUAAAGCUAGCUCACGUGAAUGCGUUGAAAUUAAAGGAUCAAAAUGCAUCUUUUAAAGAGGAGGAAAAUUAUUUUUCUGAGAACCAGCCAUUUCCUUCUCUCCAGACCGUUCUCGAAUCACUUCCUCAAGAUGUUGGGUUUAACAUAGAAAUAAAAUGGAUCUGUCAACAAAGAGAUGGGAAAUGGGAUGGUGGCCUGUCAACCUAUUUUGACAUGAACCUCUUCUUGGACAUCAUUCUGAAAACCACUCUAGUAAAUGCUGGAAGGAGGAGAAUUGUAUUUUCUUCUUUUGAUGCAGACAUUUGCACAAUGGUUCGACAUAAGCAAAAUAAGUAUCCGGUGUUGUUUCUGACCCAAGGAAAAUCUGACAUUUAUCCAGACCUUAUGGAUCUUAGGAGUCGUACAACUUCUAUUGCAAUGAGUUUUGCGCAAUUUGAAAAUUUGCUGGUAAGUUGUUACAUUUCUUUAUUCAUCAGUGAAAUGGAACUAGUUUAUUACUGUAUUCUAUAAUUGCUGAUAUUGAUG